AUGCACCAAACAGCAAAAUUUUGUACAGAAGGAAUUAACAGACUUUACACAGAAUGUGUUAAAUUUCGUUAUUAUUUACUUGGAUGGUAUCGGCACAGAAAAAGAAGAAUUCAUGCAAAUAGCGGAAUUGAAUAUAUCGCUGUUGGAACUAGAGGAAGGAGAAGACUUUCUUCUCGUAAACUUUCUGGUCAAUUAGUCAGAAAUGAAGAAGAAAUGGCUGAAUUUCUUUGGAAAAACUUAGAAAAAACACAUUUUGUUGAAGUCCCCUUUUUUCUUGUUUAUAUUUUACUUUUGGCUUAUAUUAUUGGCUCUGCACAAUUUGUAGCUUAUCUCGAAGAUUGGACAUUCUUUGAUUCUCUCUAUUUUAUUAUGAUGAGUGUAAUGACUAUUGGCUUUGGAGUACCAAAAAAUGUAAAAUUUAUUUUGCCGAUACUUUUUAUUAUAUUAAUUGGAUUAAUUGUUGCCACUACUUUUAUUGAUAUGGUAGGGGCUUAUUAUAUUGAUAGACUUCACUUUUUUGGUAGAAGAAUGGAUUUAGAGGUACUUAAGUUUGGAAAGAAUAUUUGGGGAAAUUAA